AUGUCAAUAACAAAAUCGUCGAGUGAUGAGACCCUACCCUACUAUGGUGGUUUAAAGGGCCAAGUCAUACAUCUCAAGGACGGUAAAGUACAGAAAAUUUCCCUACAUGGUAAGGACGGCACCUCAGCUACCGUGGCCAUUUCACGUCAAGGUCCCACUGCGGCCCUAUCGAGCAGCAUUGCCACAACCGUAAAGGAAGAACGUGAGAAAUCCAAAUUUGAAGAAGACUUCAAUAGAAUUCAAUUGGCUGCCGCCCGGCUGGUGGCCAUACAGGAAAUGGCCAAACGCAAGGGAACCUUUAGCGCCGAGGAUAAUCGUGUGUAUGCAGCCAGCCUCUUGGAAUUGGGUCAGGCGGCGCAAAGCUUGGCCUUACUUCAGCAGACGGGACAAAUACAAGAUUUCAGUGUUCUAUUGCAGCCCCAUCCAAGUGUGGGCAUGCCGCAGAAAACUCCCGCUUUCAUGGUUGAUAAAAAUACCGAUGAUGUUGUGACCAUUGAAGCUCCCGUGGAGGAACAGAAGGUGGAGGAAGUCACAGAGCAACAAUUAAGCGAAAGUGAUCUGUUGCCCAUAACGCCCGAAGAUCCCUAUGAAGAUGUUAAUGACAGUGUGGCAAUAGUGCCACCCAAAAAGGAUGCCUCUGUGGCCGAAGCAAAGCCAGUGGGCGUCUCCAUUGCCGGUGAGGGAGGUGUGGCCUCCUCUAAGCCCAAUGCUGUUGCUCUCUCUGGUCGCAAUGGCUUGGCUGUCUCUGCUCCCAAAGCUACCGCCAUAGCUGGUGUUACCCCUCAAGAGGCAGCCGCCUUCAGCAUCUCCCUGCCCAGCCGCAAUCAGGUGGUCAUUAAGUCAGCCACAACACGUGUAGCUUCACCCCAAGAUUCCUUAUCUUAUGAUGAUUAUGACUAUAUUGAAACGUCCCCCGUAAAGGCCAUAAGCAAUGAUAGUCCAUUUCUAAGAUCAUCUGGUCUGGUGGGCAACAGCGGAAACAAGCAGAAACCUAAGCCAAUGAUGGGAACAGCAAGUGCCGCCGAGGCUAUUGUACAAAUGUGGCGCACCGCCAUUGCCGAAGAUUAUGCCUCCCCUCAUGAUGAUGGCGAUAGAGAUCGUUUGAGUGACUAUGACAUUGAACAGUUGUAUAAGAUAUCCAAGAAGUUAUCUCAUCAUCGGCAUAGAGUAUAAGACUCUUGAAGUCUUCAAUAAAGA